CUAAAGUUUAAACGUAGGAGUUUUUUCAACGCUGCCGUUGUCCAUAGUAAUGAUUACUGAGUCCACUUGGGGUCGCUGUGGUUGUGUUGUAACUCGGGAAGAGCAGUCGAAGUCGAAGAGGAAGUGAAAAAAAAGAAGAAAGAAACCAAGCGGAAGUGGGUAAAUCUCCGGCAAAGGGAUUCAAUUCUUUGUUGUGGCUUCCUAUCGGAUUAUACAAUGGUAAAAAUAUUUGUGGGGAAUCUGCCCCGAGAAGCAGACCAGGAAGAAAUCAAGGCACUCUUCACUCAGUAUGGGACAGUGACAGAAUGUGCCAUCAUCAAGAACUACGCCUUUAUUCACAUGGAUGACCGCAAGGCGGCCACCAAAGCCAUCAGAAGUCUGCACCUUUACAAGCUUCAUGGGACACCAAUCAACGUAGAGGCCAGCCAUGGGAAGAACCAGGGCCCCGUCAAACUGCACGUGGCAAACGUUGAGAAGGGAUCUGACGAAGAGCUCCGUGCUCUCUUUGAAGAGUAUGGUACUGUCACAGAGUGUGCUAUUGUCAAGAAUUUUGCUUUUGUACAUAUGUCCAACUCCGAUGAGGCCAUGGAUGCCAUCAAGGGACUGGAUAACACUGAAUUUAAAGAUAAACGCAUCCAUGUCCAGAUUUCCAAGAGCCGCCCCAGACAUGACGAAAGGGAUGACUACCCCCCUCCUCCGCCAGACUAUUGGCCCCCACACUAUCCAGAAGAGGGGCACGAGCCUCCCCCACCUGGCUACAUGCGAGGCCGCCUUGGCCAUAUUCCCCCAGGUUACCCAGCCCCUCCCCUGCCACCCCCUCCCCCUAGGCGAGCUGUUUAUCCCGACCGUCCUUAUGAGGGUGAGAGGGACCGAUACGGUGUGGUAGAUUACUAUGAGAAGUACAGAACCCGUCCGUAUGGUAUGGCCUCCUAUGAGGAUCAAUGUGGUGGCCCGCCUCCUCCUCCCCCUCCCCCGUCAGCCGUCGUUCGAGACCGUCUUAUGACCCCGUCGCUUGAUCCGUAUGAACGUCGCCCCCCUCCACCUCCUCCAUCCUCGUACUACGCUCGAGAUCGCAGCCCCCUCAGGAGGCCGCCUAACGCGCCAAUGCCCCCUCCCAGUAAUGGCUAUUCCUAUGAGCGUUCCCGGCUAUCUCCCGUUUCCCGGGGCCCGGCAUACGGAGUUCCACGUGCCAGGGACCCCUAUGCAGAGCGGCUGCCCCCGCCACCGCCUGCACGCUACGCUUAUUAAGCAAGGUCCGUCCAUGUGAAGGAUCGUCGUCCAACUGCGUCGCCGCUCGCUGCCUCCUGAUGCACGUGACGCUAUCCACUUCCUGUCUGCGGCUGAGCGCGUAACGUUCCCCUGAGAUGCUCAGAGGAGGAACCAAAUUGGCGACGUCCUCGUCUGUUUUCUUUUAAUUAAUUUGGGACUUUUUCAUUCGGAUUUUUUUACUCCUGGUUGUUUUAGUUUGUCAUUGUGAUGUAGUAUUUCUAAUGCUUGACGUCUGAGUUAGGCGUGUUUUUUUAUUGUAAUUUUCACGUUUGAAUAAUCAGUGUUCUGAUGUGGCUUGUAAUGUAGAAGCUGAACCGUCUCUUGGCGAUACUUGUGACUGUAGACGCAACUAAAUCAUUUAUGAUAUUAAAUCUAGUCUGCACGUUUGUUCCAUCGUCUCAAGCAUUACCAUCAAAAACCAAAACUCGAUAUGGCGUUCUGUGAAACGUAUUACUAAAAUGUAGGUUUGACCCAUUCAACGUUUCUAAUGCAGUUACCAAAAGACGUUUACAUGUUGCUGUCCAUUGUCGACCUUUUUCCAAAAUAAAACGUACUUGUCCAGAAA